UUGAGAGACGGACAUGCCCAGAUUCUCCCAGAUAUUUUCUCCAUCAAUGGUUCCCAUCAGGCCUCGACCUCAGACCGCGAGAUAAGAGACAGCAACCCCCUCCCUAGGUUUUCGGUUUUGUCCAGCAUGUCCUCGGCGCCAUCACGCCCACCAACAGUCAAAUACACCGGCAAUAUCUCACCGGCCUCGUCGUCGUCGUCAUCCACAUCAACAUCCUCCUCCUCCUCCUCCUCCUCCUCUUCCUACUCGGCAUCAGACCCGGACCUUCCAUCCUCGGACACGAUGAACUCUACAACCGUUCGAGACAGCGUCGACUCGACGUCCCGGCCCACGGUUCAUGUUGCCGUCAUCCGCUGCCUACGGUGCGCGCGGGCCGAGGAGAUCACCUCGACCGACGACCCAAGCUUGUUUGGCAUGGUUCAGAUUGGUACCAACAUCUACUACUGCAACCGCUGCGCCAAGAUGGUCGGCUAUACGUAGCAAGGGAGCAUGCCUGCGAACGACCAAGAGAGGACAGCUCUAGAUCCCGGGUUUCUCGACGUACCCAAGUGUCCCUGGUUGGCCAGCAGUUCAAUGGCGAGCAGGCGAGCCGUCGGGCACCGCGACCGCCAGCGAUGCUUUACGCUGGUAUCCUCAAGGCUCCCUCCAAUGUUUCGUUGGAGCAUCGGGACGCAUCUCGGCAGCACGUCUCUGAGCUGCGCGGCAGACUCGAGUCUCAGACCAACCGGGCCGCUCGGCCGGUUGAGUCCGGGCGACGGUCUCAAACAAACGCCUUCUCUCCGGCUUCUCUCCGGAUCUUCUCCGGACCUCUACGGGCCAGCAAUCUGCACCUCGCGGAUCAACGACGAGGCGACAUUUUCUCCUAUUCUUUGGUAAAACUCUCCGAAGCGGCCCCCCUGCUGCCAGCGACAACGACCGCUCCCACCCCGCAAGACACUCAAACUUUCGAGCCUCGGCUGCGGGAAUCUCGAGGGUUUGAGUCGACAGAGGAGGAGGGUUGCAUGAGCGCGGGCCCGCAUCGCAGCAUUCUGUCUUUGAUCGGGCGAUACGACAACACGGCACAACACACAACGCGCAGCGCUCAACGCUCGCAGAACGCCUGUCGCAUACAUAGUACAGCUCGCCCUUUUGCGACACGGGAUUAUCGCGGUGCGUCGGAUGGCUGCAGGUUUUGGAUCCUGAACAUCCCAUUGGGCAACAAAGCCCGCAGCGGCCCGCAACGAGAAUCUUUUCCUCCAAUGGCGGGAUUCGCGAUCUGAAUCCCCUGCGCUUCGUUGCCAAGCCGCUGACGUCGACAUGCUUCACCUCUUUUUAUAUCCGGUGACCCCAUCGGUUAUAAAUGAGGGGUCGGCGAUGGCAUGCAACAACAACUGCCAUUGGCACCGCCUGAUCUGCACCGUGGCCGGAUUGAACAAGAGAAGGGGGAGCGUCGUCGUUGAGGUCUUUUUCAAUUCCUUUUUCUCCCAUCGUUUGUUACGUUUUCCUCUCUCAACCCGGCACAGCGUUUCUCUUCAGCAUCUUCUAGUUUUUUUUUUUUCCUCUUCGGGCUAUUCUCUAGUUUUGCAUCGAAGCCACCUAGCGACGGAGUCUUCUUUGGGCAAAGAAGGGUAUCACCAAAAUUCUGGGAUAGGUUUACAGGAAUGUCAUUACGCCAGUGCAGCACGUUUGGGAUUGGGGCGCGCGGGACUCUUUAGAGGCAUGAUACCACUUUGUUGUAUGUACGGACACACGACCUAGCAUUUAUCAUUUGGUCCACUGGAAAUCGAACCAGGGUGGUUUCACCACACCACAGUUCCACCAC